AUGCAGCUAAAAGUGGCCAGCCCGUGGCCCAACCUUCGUGGAGUCUACGUGGAGACCGACCAUUUCGAAGGGCGGCCGGCUUAUGUGAAGCGAGAUGCUUCCGAGACGUGGAUUUUCUUUUCAGCCAAAUUCGGAAGCUCCCCCUGCUGGUAUUUUGCCAAAGACCUGCCGAAGGCAGGAGCUUUGGAGUCCUUCCUGCGCUCCUCCGAUGAUGCGGAGUCGCCUCAUCUUGCCGUGUGGCCACAGGACGUAACUUUCCUUGGCGAGGAGCAGUUUUCGCAGGUGCAACCGAUGGACUCCACGUGCGGGGACUGCAAGGCGUUGCAGGACCUCGCAGAAGAGCUGCGCUGCAACCACUGCUGUCCUGAAACAGAGCAUGCCGUGAAAGCUUUGUCCCUGCUUCGACCACUUCUUGGUUCGUCUGAUCUGCAGCUCCUCGCGAAAGGCUGCGCCGAUGGGACUGCAAGGCACAUCCUGGAGAAAGUUUACCAGGCCUCCAGCUCAAGCUCCUCAGAGCCGAUCUUCCUGCGGCAGCCGCCGUCUUGUUUGGAGAUUGGGGCCGGCACUGCUUCUCUAACGUGCCUGGCUGUCAGCUUUCAGGGCACCGUGCGCUAUCAGUGGUUUAAGGAUGCCGUUCCGUUGCACAGAGCUGAGCGGCCGCGGCUGGUGGUCAGCGGAACGCCUGGUGAUGAAGGUGUCUAUACCUGUACCGCCACGACCAGCUCAGCUGCAGUCAGCUCCUCUCCCUGCGUGCUGCGGCUGUCGCAAGCCGCGCAUACAUCCCGCCGCGAGGAGGCCGCACGGCGGGCUCGUGUGCAGUCUCCGAUGCGCCGUGCCGCGGGGGCUGCUCAGUUGGGCCAGCUAUCAGAAGCAGUCAAGCUUCUCUCGGAGGCCAUCCUCUCCGCAUCCACGGAGAACGAGGCGGCACGUGCAGAAGCGUUGUGUCUGCGUUCCGAGCUGCGCAACCAGCUCUGCCAGUGGCAGGAUGCCUUCGCAGAUGCAAACGAUGCCUUGGCGCUGAUCCCGAGCCUGGCUCGAGCCCAUGCCGCACGAGGCGAGGCCGCUGAGCAGCUGGGCUUUCUGGCCGAGGCGGCAAGCAGCUGGGAGACAGCAGAGCUUCUGGGAGGCAUUCCACAGGCGGCAGCCCGAGCAGAGGCGUGCAGACAAAAGCUGGAGAAGUUCUUCGCCGAGCAAAACGCCAGGCGGCAGGCACCUGAAGGCAAUUCCAGAGCCGACCCUGAAGAAGGCUGGCGCCGUCAGGGUUGGCAAGGGAGGAAGGCACGUGCAUCCGCGAGCGGUUUUCCCGGCGCAGAUACCCAGGCACCGAGCCUCAACCCAAGCUCUACACUGCAGCAGCACCUGCAGGUCCUGCAGCUGCCAACGACUGGACUUCCCACCUCAGAUACCCUGCGCAGCGCGUAUCGAAAGCUUGCGCUUCAACAACAUCCAGACAAAGGAGGCUCCACAGCAGCCUUCCAGGCCUUGCAGAACGCCUACGAAGCGCUUCUGAAAGUCGUCUCGCAGUAG